ACGGAGAUUGUCUGCUUAUUUUUUCCAUGAUGUCUGUCUGAAGACUAAAACCAUUAAACCAACUCUAAUGGCUGGCCUGAAGUGAGCCGUACCGCACACCAAGAGACUGGAAAUACAUCUGUCGAGCAUUUAUCGUGUAGUUGAUCCAAACACUCAAACGGAACCGUUUCCUGCUCUGAAAGAAGCUUCUCUGUGCCGUUAAACUCUGGGAAGCUAACUUCGCGUUAGCUGCCCACCGAACUGUGACAGUGUCGGACUUAUCAAGAAAAUCCAAAAACACGAGCUCAUCAGUUGGAGCAGACAAAGACAGCAGGAACUGCAGGGAUUUGAGCAUCCCCUACCAUCAACGGGCCCUGAGAUGACAUCACAGCAGCCUCACCUUCCCAAUGCUGUUAUUCCUCCCCAGCUUGCCCAGAACUCCUCUGCUCAGCAGGCCCGGCAUCACAUUCAGGCUAAUCAGCUGGACUCAAGUCAGAGCAGUGCAACUGCUGGGCGUCUGGAUCACAGAGCUCUGACAGGCAGGCCGGGCUGCUCCGGGGUGGCAGCAGCCAGCGGAGAGCUGGCCAAUAGGAACAAUUCUGCAUCCUGCACCAACUCCAGCUUGUCCAGAAGAGAUGUGGGCUUCGAGCCGUGGCCUGAGGAAGCAGUGGACAAUUCCCAUGGGCUGUACUCACUUCACCGCAUGUUUGACAUAGUUGGAGCCCAGCUAACCCAUCGUGAUGUCAGGGUACUGUCAUUCCUUUUUGUUGACGUGAUUGACGAGUAUGAGCGCGGUGGCAUCAAGAGUGGAAGGGAUUUCCUGCUGGCCCUAGAGCGCCAGGGUCGCUGUGAUGAGACCAACUUCCGACACGUUCUCCAGCUUCUAAGGAUUAUCACCCGACAUGACCUAUUGCCUUAUGUCACACUCAGGAAACGGCAGGCUGUGUGCCCAGACCCUGUUGACAAGUAUCUGGAAGAGACAUCAGUGCGCUACAUUUCACCAAGGGGAGCAGUACAGAGCAAGGACACUGCGCCUCACAGUAGAACAGGUCCUCAGCCAGUCAUCUGCUGUUCUCCGUCAGGACCUCAUGUGGGCCCCCCGCGAACAAAGCCAACUCCCCCUGUCCCAAACCGCAAACGGAGGAGAAGUCAUUCCUCAGCUGACUGCAGAGAGAAGCAAACAUGUGAUAUCCGCCUCCGGGUUCGUGCUGAAUACUGCCAGCAUGAGUCUGCGCUUCAGGGCAAUGUCUUCUCCAACAAGCAAGAGGCGGUGGAACGACAAUUUGAGCGCUUCAACCAGGCAAACACUAUUCUCAAAUCCCGAGACUUGGGCUCCAUCAUCUGUGACAUCAAGUUCUCUGAGCUCACCUACUUGGAUGCCUUCUGGAGGGACUACAUCAAUGGAUCGUUGCUAGAGGCCCUUAAAGGGGUCUUUAUCACAGAUUCCUUAAAACAGGCUGUGGGCCACGAAGCUAUAAAACUCUUGGUCAAUGUUGACGAGGAGGACUACCAGGCUGGUCGACGCAAACUGCUCCGUAAUUUGGUCACAAAUGGAGGGUGCCCACCAGGAGCUAGCAAAGACUUUGUAUCUUAGACCCACUCUCCAGGCAGUAGCAUACAGGAGGAAUGCAGCUCCGCCUCCCCCACAGAGAAUAGAGUGAGAUGUGGUUGUGUCGUCUGAGCUGCCUGAAGUGUGUGCCUACAAGGAACUGAAGGACUCCUAUCCACCGCAUUGAUUCCUUCAGAGCUAAGGUCAGGAUAUCCACCCCUGAGAGUAGCAUGCGGGGUGAUUGAUUGGAACUAUGUUAGCAAAAAGAAGUAGGAGCAUACAGGUUGACAUUAUUUUGAAUGUUAGACUGGUCAUUUUCUUCAAGGAGGAGAAUGCUGAUUCGUGUGUGCAUUAACUUUAACUCAUUUCUGGUAUGUUAGCUCAUCUGUUAACUGAUAAUACUCUUCACCACCUUUCAGUUCAAAAUCCAGUUCUUUUCAAUACAGUAAACAUGCGUAACACUGACAUAUUACUCCCAGUGGGAGUUGUACUUUAUUGUCAAACUGGUUCAUCUUUUUUCCAGGUUUUUCAGGUAUAUUACAGAUUGAUUGGAUUAACCAAUAAGUAAGUGUUCUGUACAGUGUUAAAGAAAGGCACAGACCAUAGUUGACUUAAUUAUAAUUUGUUUUUCUAUUUCUUCCAGCUUAUUAUCCUGCUUUCCCAAGACUUUGCAGAGUUUCUUGUCUGUUGAGAUGAACACUUGCAGAGCCUUUGUGUUUUUUACUGGCUCGUAUUUGGCCAUCGUGAACAUCAUUUUGUCUCAGAUUUGUUUUCACAAUUUUUCUUUGUUUUACAACAGGGCUUGUUGCCAGCAAUUGUGAUUCUGGCCUUAUGUAAAAUUUAAAUUUUUCAGUCACUGCCAAUAUUUCAAACUUUGUGGAUUGUUCAGAUGUGUCGAAUCAUAUCCAAUGAGUCAUUCUCUGGUGUUUUAAAUUAGUUUGGAUUUUCAAAUCAGUGCCAGUUUCACUGUCAGCCUGUACCUCUGCUAAUUCACCAUCUCACUCAUGAAAUAACACUGAACUUAAUCGACAGCAGAUGAAAAUCACAGUCAUUGUAUGUAGAGUCAUCUAAGUUGUGCAGGUAGUAAGAUGCCAGAACAAAUUAAAAUAAUUGACAGUGCCUGUUUUUAAGAUGUUAAAGAUAUUUUAGCCAGCUGUAGUUGAACUCAAGCUUGCUAAAUCCUCAGCAGUCUUCUCUGGGGAUAAGUCAUGCUUCCUGGUGGAUGAAUAUGUAGUUGAGUCCUCAUAUUCAAAAAGUGUUAUGAGCAAGUGUUGCAAUCACUUCUUCAUCCACUCGCUUGACAACCUGUUGGAUGUUUUGGAGAAGCAGCUACAGGUGUUCUCAGCUACAUCCCCCUCUUUUAGGAAGUGAGGCAUCUACACAGGCAUUCACAAAGUGAUUGGGGAUUUUUUUAAUAAGGUUUGGAAACAGAAAAAACUAGCACUAUGCGGACCAGCAUAAUAGUGAGGUAUUUAGCAUGUUAAUCCUCUACAGUUUAGUGCUGAUCUUAUACAAUAAUGUGCUUUUAGUGGCAUAACACCAUUUUUACAGUGUAGUCUGAAAUGCUGAUUAACCAACAUGUGGAUUUAUAUUAAUUUAUUUUUGGUAUCCAUGGAAUGAGGUGGAUUAACAGAAGACACUAGGUUUGACAGUAUUACUGAUGUUAAUUUUAUGCAGUAAAAUACACUCAGUGGCCACUUUAUGAAGCAUACCCCUCUAGUUCUGGAAAGGCUCCCUGAACAAGUAGAAAUAUUCACAGCAUGGAUUCAUUGAGGUGUGGGAGACUAGAUUCUGAGAUUCUGCAUCAUAUUUACAGGAUAGCCCCACACAAUUGCUGCAGAUUUUGUGGCUGCACAUUCAUGCUGCAGAUCUCCCAUCUCACCUCAAACUAUAGGAGCUGCACUGUCGGCUGGAGAUGUUUUUGUAUUUCUGCAGGCUGCAAGAUUUCAACCAGGCUGGUGAUAUAAUACUCAACUUAUCUGAAAUAAUGUUUAGCUGUAAUAACGUUUUCAGGAUAUCAGUAGCUUAUAUGGACCAGUACACAUUCAUCCCGUACAGCUUGUUAUUUUUGAGUAACUUCACCCUUUCAGUUUUUAAGCAUUGCAGUGUCAGCAAGCUGCAGAAAUUGUGCACAUUAAAAGUUCCUGAUAUACCCAGCCAAGAGUCCGCUGUUGUGUGUCUUUGAGCCCAGUGUGGCCAACAGUUGCCUGUAGUUUUCGUGGUGUGUCCCCAUGUCGACCCUUAUUAACAGCUAAUUAAUCACGUAUUAUUAGUGGGGAUGUAACGAUAUAUUGAAUUUCAUGAUAUCACGAGAAAAAUGUUGUGAUAUCACGAAAUUCAAUAUAUCGUGAUAUCACGAUAAAAAUGUCUCGAUACCAUUGUGGGAUUGUAAUAAAAUCCACCACAAUAUGACAUGGUUAUUUUGCUAGUGCAGCUGCAUUCCUCUGUUUCUCCUUUUUGGUUCAUCAACACUAACGCUUGCCUGAGGCAAGUAAACUCUGUGUUCAGGCAAGUGAAUGCCUCAUGCAGUUGUAAAAUUAGGCAAGUGAAAAUAAAUGUGAUGUAUGUAACGUUAUCUGAAAAUAAACUGUAUCACUGAAGCGGAGAUUUUCCCGCUGUGUCUUUCUCACCACCAGGCUUUGAACAGGACUGAUAAGAAAAAUCUGAAAUUCUAGACAUUGUAGAAGGUAACUCUGAAGUUGAUGUCAUCUAGGACAUAGUGACACUAACGAUAAACAUCUCUGGAAGGCUGCAUGUGAGAAACUCGCUUACGGUGCAUCCGGAAAGUAUUCACAGCGCUUCACAUUUUCCACAUUUUGUUAUGUUUCAGCCUUAUUCCAAAAUGGAUUAUAUUCAUUUUUUUCCUCAAAAUUCUACACACAACACACCCCGUUUUUUUUUAGUUUUUUGCAAAGUUAUUAAAAAUAAAAAAACUAAGAAAUCACACGUACAUAAGUAUUCACAGCCUUUGCCAUGAAGCUCAAAAUUGAGCUCAGGUGCAUCCUGUUUCCACUGAUCAUCCUUGAGAUGUUUCUACAGCUUAACUGGAGUCCACCUGUGGUAAAUUAAGUUGAUUGGACAUGAUUUGGAAAGGCACACGCCUGUCUAUAUAAGGUCCCACAGUUGACAGUGCAUGUUGGAGCACAAACCAAGCAUGAAGUCAAAGGAAUUGUCUGUAGACCUCCGAGACAGGGUUGUCUUGAGGCACAAAUCUGGGGAAGGGUACAGAAAAAUUUCUGCUGCUUUGAGGGUCCCAAUGAGCACAGUGGCAUCCAUCAUCCGUAAAUGGAAGAAGUACGGAACCACCAGGACUCUUCCUGGAGCUGGCCGGCCAUAUAAACUGAGCGAUCAGGGGAGAAGGGCCUUAGUCAGGGAGGUGACCAAGAACCCGGACACUUGUCUGUCCUAUCCAUUAAAGGCUAAAAAUGGCCAAAAAAAAAAUCUUAAAAAAAUCUUAAAAAAAAAAAAAAGGAGUGGCUUCAGGACAGCUCUGUGAAUGUCCUUGAGUGGCCCAGCCAGAGCCCAACUUGAAUCUGAUUGAACAUCUCUGGAGAGAUCUGAAAACGGCUGUGCACCGACGCUUCCCCUCCAACCUGAUGGAGGUUGAGAGGUGCUGCAAAGAGGAAUGUGCGAAACUGCCCAAAGAUAGGUGUGCCAAGGUUGUGGCAUCAUAUUCAAAAAGACUUGAGGCUGUAAUUGCUGCCAAAGGUGCAUCAACAAAGUAUUGAGCAAAGGCUGUGAAUACUUAAGUACAUGUGAUUUCUUAGUUUUUUUUAUUUUUAAUAAAUUUGCAAACAUUUCAAAAAAACUUUUUUCACAUGGUUAUUAUGGUGUGUUGUGUGUAGAAUUUUGAGGAAAAAAUGAAUUUGAUCCAUUUUGGAAUAAGGCUGUAACAUAACAAAAUGUGGAAAAAGUGAAGCGCUGUGAAUACUUUCUGGAUGCACUGUAUCUUGCCCAGAAGCUCACCUUCUCUGGUGUGAUCAUAUCCCCUUCAGAAGCUUUGUAAUCCAGCCUUGAACUGCGAAGUGUUUUUGGACACUUUGUAAAAAUAAAUGUAGAAUGAUUAAUCCCA